AUGUUGUCGCUGCGACGAAUGUUGCGGCAAUGGAAAGCUGUGUUAGUCUGGUUGUUGCUGACCUCCCGGGCGUCGCAAUGCGCACCGCAGUUUUGCAUGCCGCGGGCUGGCAGCUGCCUGGGUCAGUUGGUCGAGUUCAAACAAAGUUUCGAGAUGCCCUUUGACAUUGACAGGAUUGAUUUUCCUGUGCCCGUGAUGGUGGACGACUGGGAUGGAGACGGGGCAGAUGACUUGCUGAUCACGAAUCGGACACACACUUGGUAUUUCCAUGGUACUGCAGACCAGAAAUUGGUUCCGGUAGAGGAGACCAAAAACCCUUUUCGUGACAUACAAGAAUUUUACGCGGGGCGUUUCUUCUGCGUGCAUGCCCUCGAUUGGGAUCGCGAUUCCAAUCUGGAUCUUGCUGUUUCUUCUGCCCAUGGCACGCACCUUUUCGUGGACUUCUGGCGGCGUGAGCAAGACAGCUCAUUAAGCUUAAAUUAUAGCAUCCCAAUGGCCGAUCUUCUUUCAUUUACUCUUUCCUUCAAAUGCGCUGCCAUGCAGCUUGUGGAUUGGGACGCCGACGGCGAUCUCGACCUGCUUGUCUCGACGGAGGCAGGCAUGUAUUUCAUAGAGGCAGCCGGCUAUCUUGACUAUAAGCCCUACAACAAGUUGACGGAUCCUUUCCAUGGGCUGUUAAGCAUCGUAUUGAAGCUUCAAGCUGUGGACUGGGAUGGAGACGGCGAUCUGGAUAUGCUUGCCACCGACAACUUUGGUGCUGUGCACCUCUUCGAACAUUUGGACAGCGGUCGCCCAAAGGAGCUGGACGAGCAUCCCUUGACCUGGGGUGAGCUCAAUAUGAAGCACCUCGUUGAUUUCGACAAGGACGGUUUGCUUGAUGUUCUUCUGUUGGAAGGUAGUAACGACCAUUCUCACAACUCCAUUCAAGUUUGGAGACAAGAAAAGAUUGAUGAGCUGCGGCCACACCUUCGAGACACAAGUCCUUUUCAGUCAAAUCUUGUCAGUGUUGACGCUACUUCAACUUUACAAGUGCUCGACUGGGAUGGCGACACCCGCUGGGAUCUUCUGUCCGCAGGGCUUUUCGACAGCCCCAUAAUUUUAAAGCUUUGGCACCAGACAAGCGCAGGCUCCUUCACGCCCAAGGUCUUGUGCAGAGUUUCUUCAGACAAUGGUUUGUUUGCAUUUCAAGGUUGGGACUGGGACGAAGAUGGCGUCCCAGACGUCCUCAUUUGGACCUCGCUGGGCAUGAAGUUGUUUGUUGACUUCAGUGAAGACGAAUCAUGUGUCAUGAGGAACACGUCGCUUGGACCUCCAGCUUCGGCUUCUCGCUAUUUCUGCCAGGCCAUGGAUGCUGACAGUGAUGGGGACGUCGAUUUUUAUUGUGUGGAGCAAGAUCUCACCGGCGCAGUCGAACAGGCCAAUCCUCAUCUGGUGUUUUUUCGGAACGAAAGUGGACAGCUUACAACGGCCGUCCGGACCCCAGUUUGCCAAGGUGGUGGUGUUAUUAACUUGCAGCUGGUCAAUGAUACUGCAGCAGCCGGUGCUGGCAACGUGACGCUAGCGCUGCACUGCAUGCAGACCGCUUUGUCCGUACUUCGGGCAACGGGUCCUCCGGAGAGUGUUGCUCAUAAUUUGCAGAAGCUGCCGGAGUUUUCCAAUGUCCUCACUACUUUUGUUGAUUGGGACCGCGAUGGUGAAAUGGAGGCCAUCGGUCAUGAAAUGGCGGCCCGUUACUCUGCCCCGCUGCGGUAUUACUCUGCAGGCCAUUGUGUCAGCGCUCCCCGUUGUCAUGGGGGGACUUGCAGCCUAGAUGGCAACUGUAACUGUCCGAGCGGCAAGCGCUUGCCUGAUUGUUCCGCAUGUGAGCGCAACUAUGCUUCUGGGAAGGAGGGAACAUGCCUGCCUUGCCCAGGCGUCGGGCGAGACACGCAUGGAGCCUGCGCCGGGCGCGGGACGUGUCGUGAUGACAUCUUUGCGGCCGACGAGGCAAAGAAGGCACAUGCCUCCAACAUGUCGGUGCUCCUGGCACGGGGUCCGGGCAACUGCAAGUGCAGCGAUCACUUCAACGGCACCAGCUGCGAUGAAGGUCAGUGCCCAGCCGGGAAUGAGCUCGUCAGGAACAAGGCUCAGCCAGAUUCUUGCCAACCCUGCCAGCCGGGCUACUUCAAAGCCAAGCCUGGAAACCGUGCCUGCCAACCACCUGUCCUGUUCGUGGCCAUCCUCACCCUUAGUCUUGUGAUUGCUUCUGUGCUUGCUGGCGGGCUCCUGCCUGUCAUGCUCGGCAACAGGAUCCCCAUCCAGGAGAUCUCCAACACAGGCCAUGGCGUGCGUGUCACCACUGUGCGAGGGCAUUGGGUCCGCCCGCGUCUGGCUGCUACCAAGGUGUACUUUGAGGGCACUGGUGUCCAUACGCUGGACACGAAGCCUGGAAACGGACCAUGCCACACAGUCCGGACUGUAGAUCGCUACACUUUGCAACUCCACGGCAAGGACGGCAGCGCCUGGGAGGGUGUGGCGGAGACGUCCUGCGGCUGGCUAUGGCUUCCUUGGCAAGAGGCGCUCCUCGCGACCGGCUUCUGGUGUGCACCAACAGUAACCUUAGUGGGCGUGCUGCUGUCGAUCGCUUUCGUUGUCCUGACGAUGACGCAUGUGUACUACCUUCACAUCGCCUGGCUCCCGGCGCUCGCCGGCGGCCUUCUCUGCUUCCUGCUGGUUGCGUCCUACAGGGGCCCGCUGGCCGCCAAGCGCACGGCUCUGCGCAAGGCCCAGAGCGCGUUCCUCCGACAGCUGCGGCUCGGCCAGCCGAAGCCGGUGCCCAGGGAGCGCGGCCCCAGCCGGGCCAUCACCCUCGGCCAGCUGUGCGAGCUCCACCAGGCUUUCCAAGGCUUCAUCCAAGAUCGGAGCAUGCAUUACGUCUGCCACAAUCUCGUGAAGCCACUCACCAGAGAGGCCCGGCUUUCCUACGCGGAGGUGGCCGGGCCGCAUGAGGUGGAGUACUUCGUGAGCCACUAUUGGGGCACGCCCUUCCGGGACUUCGUCAGCAGCGUUUGGAAGCACUCGGAGGCCGUCGUGCACGUCGACGGGCAGCUGGGCCUUGAAAUCACGAGGACGAGGUACUGGAUCUGCACCGUCAGCAACAAUCAGUGGGAAGUGGAAUGCGAGCUGGGCGGUGGUGGCACAGCCGGCUGGGAGGAAUCUUCCUUCUACAUGGCGCUGCGGGCAUCCGGCACCAAGGGAACGGCCAUGAUCCUGGAUGAGGAGGCGACACCCCUCAAGCGCUCCUGGUGCCUCUUCGAGCUCUUCCAGACUUUCCAGCUGAGUGAGCAAGAUGCAAGCUUCAAGUUCCUUUUCUGCACGCCGUCGGGCGUGCUGAACUACGGCAACUGCAGCGUGGACGCGGCCAUCGCCAUCUCCGAGCGGCUGGUCACGCUCCGCCUCGAGGAUGCCGAAGCCAGCUACGCGUCGGACAAGGACAUGAUCGACCAGCUCAUCUCGCAGGAAGAGGGCGGCUUCGACGCCGUGAACUUCUCGCUGAAGCUGCGCAUCUCCGAAGUCCUCCGGGCCACGGAGCGGCACCUCGGGGGAGAGCUCGGGAGGCUGAAUCGCAGCUUGGAGGCGACCAUGCAAGGCUACAUGACCCAGCGCGCCGCGCAGGAGCAGGCUCGCGGGCCACCUGCGCAGGCCCUGCAGGAGUGGGUUAUCGUGAAGUUUCGAUGUGACAUGGACGCCUGCCGUGGGGGCACCGUGAGCUUGCAAGGCCCGGCGGAGGAGCUUCUUCAGGAGUGCUACGCGGGCAGCGAAGCUUUUCGACGGGCACCGCAGUACGUCUCCGGCUGCUUCGAGGAUCCUCCCGAGGAUGCUAGGUUCAUCCUCCUGCAGCAGGUUCCGGCCGACUUUGUACUCAUGGACGACAGCGCCGAGGCCUUUGUGAAAGCCGACAAGGAUUCGCAACAUGGCUUGCUGCGCCAGCUGCUGCGAGCCAUCCGCAGAUUUCUGGAUCCGGUGGAGGGAAAAGCUCUCAUCCACAACGACCUGACAUCAGCCAACAUCAUGUGGAAUCCAGGAUCUCUGCAGCUGACCAUCAUUGACUUCAGCCAGGCGGAAAUGUGCACGCAGAUCACGCGGCGUUCUCCUGGCUGCCAGGCGAAGCUGCUGCUUAAGGAUGUGACAAAGGAGCUGGUCUACUGGGCCCUGCGCAGUGACUUCCAUGGCCAGCCGCGGGCAAAGACCUGCUCCAGGAGGGCUGAGAAGAUAAACUUCGAGAAGCGUGCGUCCGCGACUGCGCCACAGACCUUCGUGGAAAAGAAGCUAGGCGAUUGUGCUGAGCUUGUCAGUACCUGGACUUGGUCCCUGCUGUCCUGGGUGGGGGCUCUUGACGGCGAGCUGAUGCAGCGACUUUCUGGAGCUCCUGCUGUGUCCAUCGCGGCUCUCUUCAACGACUCGCCAACUGAAGGAGUUCCAGCGCCACCUUAUGGCCUGGCUGCUCUGGAGGCCCUGGCGUCCUGA